UGUAUCUGCUUGAAUCCUCUCAUGGUUCUUGGAGGUAUCAUUUUUUCCUCAUCACAUUCUUUUAUCUGCUCAAAACAUCUCAGAGGCCAAGGAUACCUGAAAAAGCAAAUUUGAUUGCAAGGAUCUUUCUCUCGACAUUCAUACGACUGUAACAAGCCUCAGUCAUCUCAGCUCUACACUGCGACAGCAAAAGAACUAUACCUGUUGUAUUACCUAAUGGCCUCAACUACAAUGGACACCACACACUCGUUCGAGAAGGAUGUAGAGAAGGGCAACGACUGCAAAACCAUCGCCAUCACAGAAAAGCAUUCGUUCUCGUCGUUCUCUAGCACAUCAACAUCAUCCACAGCUGUAGAGCAUUCUCAGCCACAGUUGACACAAGCCGAGGAACCUGUUCCUCCGAAAAGACAAGCCAGAGUCAUCCGAUACCUACGACACACUGGCCUCAAUGUAUACCGAAGAAUCUUCUCAAUUGUAUUCCUCGCCAAUCUUGCCGGUCUGGUGGGUCUUUUGGUGUCAGGUCAUUCCUCCAUCUUGACCCACAUGCCGUAUGCGGCCAACGCUGCAGCAGCGAACUUUUUAGUCGCGAUUCUGAUUCGCCAAGACUACAUUUUCAACAUGAUCUUUCGCGUCUGUCAAUUAGUGCCACUAUCCGCACCAUUGCGACUUCGCAGAAUAUUAGCCAAAGUUUACGAACAUGGCGGUAUGCAUACUGGAUGCGCGAUUGCCGGAACAAUGUGGUUCAUUCUCUUGACUGUCCUCAUCGUCGUCAACUUCGAGACUGGCGCCAUCAUCCAUACCCCUAUCGUUCCGAUCUUCACCGUCCUCUUGCUCAUCAUCUUCCUUGUCAUGUGCGUCUUUGCCCAUCCGGCAAUUCGUCACAGAUUCCACAACUCGUUUGAGUUCACUCACCGCUUCGCUGGAUGGUGUUCCAUCGUCGUCUUCUGGGUUGACCUUGUCCUCAUCGCCGAUACAAUUCGCCUCCAGAACACCACCACACCUGAGCCUCUUGGUAUUGCUUUGGUCAAGCUUCCUGCUUUCUGGUUCCUCAUAAUCAUGAGUGUGCAUAUUGUCUUGCCUUGGCUUCGUCUUCGCAAGGUCGCAUUCACCGCUGAACGUCUUUCGGAGCAUGCCAUCCGUCUGCAUCACAAGGAGCACAUGGGACCUUACCGCGGCAUUGCCAUUGCUGAGUCUCCUCUUGGUGAAUGGCAUCCCUUUGCUUGCUUCCCCGACGGUGAUGGUGUCAACAACAGCAUCAUGAUCAGUCAUGCUGGUGACUGGACUCGCAGAACAAUCGACAGCCCCAAAUCUCACUACUACGUCAAGGGUGUUCUCAAGACUAAUGUUUUGAGCAUGGCUUCCAUCUUUAACCGCGUCCUUCUCGUCACCACGGGCACUGGUAUUGGUCCUGCUCUUUCGUUCGUCGCGGAACCCAGUCGUAAAGGUCAAUGUCAAGUCCUUUGGGUAUCUUCCUCGCCCGAGAAAACUUUCGGCCAGCCUUUGAUUGAUUGGGUGUACACUCUGAAUGGCAAUGCUAUCGUUUGGGAUUCCAAGAAAGAUGGACGUCCUGAUAUGGUCGCGUUGACGUUGAAGAUGUACAAAGAAAUGAAUGCCGAAGCUGUGUUUGUCGUGAGUAACCCUAGAUUGACCAAGCAAUUGGUUUAUGGGUGUGAAAGUCGAGGUGUACCUGCAUAUGGUCCCAUCUUUGAUUCUUAGAUCUUCUUUCGUUUUCCUUUUUCUUUUCGUUUUCUUCUUCUUCUCUUGUUCUUCUAUGUUUCUAUACACCUUUCGACGCAAGUCGCUGAUCGUCUCUUCUGUCGUUUCUGCUUUUUGAUAGCGAUUUUCCACUCAGCGGGGUGUUUGGAUCCGAAUCUAUUGACCUGGACAUCUCGUAUAUACUAUUUUCUAUCCUUGUACAACAAAAAUGUUAAUAUCUCAAUCUUCG